UACAUUUCGGAGUGUUUAUGAAAAGCCUCGGUACUGUACUGUCACCAGGGGGCAUGCAAUAGAAUGCAUUUCGUCCAACAUUUGGAAUAAUGAUCAUUUAGCAACCACCACCACUACCACCACCACCACCACCACCAAAAAAAAAAAAAAAAAAGCCUUCAGUGCGCUUUGGAAUCCGCGCCAGACAGAGGAGCCAUGCAGCCAAACUUUCGGGAACCCUUGGUCAUUUUUUCUGACAUUGCAAGCUCGCCCUUGAGGAUGGCUUAUUGAAUUCUCCGGGUUUUGUUUUGUUUUUUUCCGCUCCUUUCCACCUCUCCCGCCGCCUCUAGGCCUGGCAGAUUUGCUUUCCUUUGGCAACGGAGGAGAGAAUCAAGCAAGCUACCUAGCAGCAAGGAAGCUGCAGCAAGACGCCCUGCCUGCCUGCUUGCCUCCGCUCUGUCUUGCUCUCUCAUACACACACACACACAGCGCUCGCUUGCCUUGGGAGUCCAGUGUUGUUUUGAAGGGAGCUAACAUGGCGACGGUGCCCGUCUAUUGCAUCUGUAGGCUGCCCUACGACGUAACCCGCUUCAUGAUCGAGUGCGACGCCUGCAAGGACUGGUUUCACGGCAGUUGUGUUGGGGUCGAAGAAGAUGAGGCUCCAGAUAUUGAUAUCUACCAUUGUCCAAAUUGUGAGAAAACCCAUGGAAAGUCCACUUUGAAAAAGAAACGAAAUUGGCAUAAACAUGACACUGGUCAAACUACAGAAGUCAAACCUGUUCAGAACGGGAGUCAGGUCUUCAUCAAGGAACUUCGAAGUCGAACAUUCCCCAGUGCUGAAGAUGUGGUAAAAAAACUGACUGGAAGCCAACUAACAGUUGAAUACUUGGAAGAAAAUGGAUUCACAGAGCCUAUCCUUGUUCCAAAGAAGGAUGGUUUGGGCUUAUCUGUACCUGCACCAACAUUUUAUGUUAGUGAUGUUGAAAACUAUGUUGGACCAGAAAGGAGUGUUGAUGUCACUGAUGUCACCAAACAGAAGGACUGCAAGAUGAAGCUAAAAGAAUUUGUUGAUUACUAUUACAGCACUAACAGAAAAAGAGUCCUCAAUGUAAUUAACUUGGAAUUUUCAGAUACAAGAAUGUCCAGUUUUGUAGAGUCUCCUGAUAUAGUGAAAAAACUUUCUUGGGCAGAAAAUUAUUGGCCUGAUGAUGCUCUGCUGGCAAAACCAAAAGUGACCAAAUACUGCCUGAUCUGCGUGAAAGACAGCUACACAGAUUUUCACAUAGACUCUGGUGGAGCCUCUGCCUGGUACCAUGUUCUAAAAGGAGAAAAAAUAUUUUAUCUCAUCAAGCCAACUUCUGCCAACAUUUCCCUCUAUGAACGUUGGCAGUCAGCAGCGAAUCAUAGUGAAAUGUUUUUUGCUGACCAAGUGGAUAAGUGUUACAAGUGCACAGUUAAACAAGGACAAACACUUUUUAUCCCAUCAGGAUGGAUUUAUGCAACUUUAACUCCUGUUGACUGCUUAGCCUUUGCAGGACAUUUUCUACAUAGCCUAAGUGUUGAAAUGCAGAUGAGAGCAUAUGAAGUUGAAAGACGAUUAAAAAUUGUCAGCUUAACCCAGUUUCCCAACUUUGAAACGGCGUGCUGGUACACAGGAAGACACCUGCUAGAGUCAUUUAAAGGAUUGCACAAAGCUGGAAAACAGCCUCCUUCUCAUUUAGUCCAGGGAGCAAAAAUUCUAAAUGGUGCUUUCAGGUCUUGGACUAAAAAGCAGGCUUUAAUGGACCAUGAAGAUGAACUCCCAGAAAAUUUUAAACCAGCACAACUUAUUAAGGACCUUGCCAAAGAAAUAAGAUUAAGUGAAAACGCUUUGAAAGUCAGCAAACCUGAAGUGGGUGCCAAUGUGAAUGUGGAAGAGGUCAGCCCCAUAGAGAAAGAAGAAAUACCAUCACCUGCACCACGGACGCCUCUACCACCUCCUCCACCACCGUCGCCACCAUUGCCACCAUCGCCAGCACCACCAGUUGAAAAAGUCCCUAAGAAAAAGGCCCAAAAAGCAAUGAAAACACCCAAGCCACCCAAACUAGCCAAACCCCCCAAGCCACCCAAACCCCCCAAACCUCCCAAGGUGCCAAAAGUAAAGGGGGAAGGGAAGAAAAAAGGCAAAAAAGCAAAGGAAGCUCCUCCUCCUGCGAUUCCUAACUUAGACCUUCUUGAGGCUCACACAAAAGAGGCCCUAACAAAGAUUGAAACACCAAAGAAGGGAAAGGCUGCCAAGAAUACUUUGAGUACCCCUGAUAAAGAACCUGUUGAUAAGCAAAAUGAGGUGGAAAAGUUUGAAAUUCGUGAGCAAAAUAAGACCAAAACGGAAGCAAAAUGGAAAUAUAAGAAUAGUAAACCUGAUUCAUUACUGAAAAUGGAAGAGGAACACAAACUGGAGAAGACACCAUUAUCAGGAAACAAGGACAAUAAAUUUAUGUUUUCCUUCUCCAACAAGAAACUGCUGGGUUCAAAAGGCGUGAAAACUCAGAUAAAUCCUAGUAUAUUUGGAUCACUGCAAAAUUUCAAAGAAGAUAAAACAAAACCGGUGAAAGAUGAAUACGAGUAUGUCUCAGAUGACGGAGAAUUGAAAAUUGACGAAUUUCCAAUUAGAAGAAAGAAAAACACCACCAAACGAGAUUUGCCCUUUUUAUCAGAUAAAAAAGAAACUGCACAACACACACCAGUUAAGAAGCCAAAGGUGGAAUCAGUAUUGUACAAGAGUGAUGACUCCUCAGAUGAAGACUCACUUCACAUUGACACAGAUGCCAAGCCAGGGCGCAAUUCUAAAAUGAAGAAAGAGACUGCAAGUUCAGCAGGCAUUCUUGAUCUUUUGCAGGCAAGCAAGGAAGUUGGGGGUUUAGAGUACAACACCAACAGUCAGCCACCUGCAUCUCCCAGCACACAGGAAGCAAUCCAAGGAAUGUUGUCAAUGGCAAACCUCCAGUCUUCAGAUUCCUGCCUACAACCUUCAUGGGGCACCAACCAAGCUAAGAAUAACUCUAUGUCUGCCCCAAAUUCCAAAAAAACUGGUGGCAACAACAAAAAUGCAGGCAAGAGGUUACUGAAAAAGAGCGCAAAAAACAAUAUUGACAUUGAAGAUUAUGAUGAGGACCAGGAUCACUUAGAUGCCUGUUUUAAAGAUUCUGAUUAUGUUUAUCCCUCCCUUGAAUCAGAUGAAGAUAAUCCAGUAUUCAAGUCCCGAUCAAAGAAAAGGAAAAGUUCUGAUGAUGCGCCAUAUAGCCCAACAGCAAGAGUAGGCCCAUCGGUCCCUCGCCAAGACAGACCUGUUCGAGAAGGUACAAGAGUUGCUUCUAUUGAAACCGGACUGGCAGCAGCAGCUGCUAAAUUAUCCCAGCAGGAGGAGCAAAAGGGCAAGAAGAAAAAGAACACCAAAAAGAAAUUAUCGCCCAACAACACCAAUAAGCUCCCUCAGGAAAGUAGCUCUCCUGAACCCAAGCUGGAGUCUCACAGCAGCAGUUUAGCAGACCACGAGUAUACAGCUGGCGCAAGCACAUUUGGGGUGGCCCAAGUCAACCGAGGUUCUCAGCCCAUGGCGCCAGGAGUGUUUCUCACACAACGAAGGCCCUCGUCGUCAUCACAGAAUAAUGCCGCCAAAGGGAAACGUACAAAAAAAGGCAUGGCCACAGCCAAGCAAAGGCUUGGGAAGAUUUUGAAAAUUCAUCGGAAUGGGAAACUUCUCCUCUAAAACGUUGCCACAACUGGGACUCUAUCAAAGUUCAGAAUGUCCUGAGCUGACACUAACUCUUCAACUCUUGAAGGAUUUCAGUAGUAUUGUGCAACACCUUAGGGACAAUACCAGUUAACUUUUUGCCACCACUUUAAUAAAUUCUUUUUAACUUUCAGCAGUUAAACAUGUACAGAAAACUGCUAUAAAUAUUUUUUAAUAUAGAUGUCCUUUCUCAAAUUGCUGAGAGUGACUAGUUCGCAAAAAGUAAAUACUCCAAGAACUGAGGAUCAUUCCAGUUUUAGGAAAGUAUCCCUUUAACUUGUUUAUAAGUGAAGAAAAAGCAGUUAACAGUAUGCAUAUUAAUUUCAGUUAUGCUUCAUUUAUCCAACUGUACCAAUUUUAGGUAUCUAUCUGGUUAAGUGGCAGGAGAAUACCAUUUUUUAAAAAUUCUACAUUUGCUCAAAUUGACUUUUAGAGAGGGGAAAGAGAUUUCUGCCAUUGAUGUGUGUGAUAUAAUACAUGCAAGAUAUUAAUAUGCAUAAUGGAAUAUUUAGUUUUCUUUACCUGGCUCAUAAUAAAUAUGUUUUGGUCAAUAGAAGAACUGAAAUUGCAUUUCAGCACUACUAAAGCUUUCCCUAUAACCAGACACCAGACAACCAUGGAUGAAUUAAUUUAUUUUAUGUGCAAUGCAAGGUGACUUCUGGAACAAUCCGGAUCACAGAUCUGAUGCAAUUGCAUUAAUGAUUAGGAUGUAUACACAUAAUGGGUUGAUGCACUUCUUUUAAAAUCAGUGGUAGUUAUUCCAUUAACUUCAGUCAGUGCUUUUAGUUGAUAAUUUCCUAAAACUCCAAUCAUUUUUUUGUUCUAAAAGAUUUAGUUUUAAGCACCUAUAAGCAUACUGUCCAUCCUUUUUGUUUCUACAUUCAUUACCACAAGGCAAUGUGUGAUAGGAGAACCCUUGUCAGGAUUAAGACAGAACAAAGCACCCCAACUUAUCACAAAACACAUCACAAAAACAAAUGUGUACAAUUGGGAGAGUGUUACAAAACUAAUGGACACCUUAGUAGUAAGAUCUGAAAACGAUGGUUGUGUUUGGAUUUUUUUUUCACUCAGUUGUCCUAGCUAAGGCUUGUUUACAUAAUCAUAGAAAGCAGAGGGUGGGGUUGCAUUUUCUUUUUCUUCAACAUGUUGUGAGGUCAGGGUUGCUGUUUUGAAAUUAUACCUGUGGUUUUCCAGAGUAGGGGAUUUCAUAUUUAGGGCUGACUCUUAGGUUAACUUUGUGGCAAAGUUGCCGCUUCUGUGUACCUGGGUUCCCAUGUUGCACUGCUGAUGUUUAAAACCAUGCAGAAGGAGCAGAUGCCAUGGUUCCUUCCCAAGCCACUGCUGCCAGCCCACAGGCCAACACUGCACUUGUCAUAUGAAAUAGUCUCAUCAUCUUCCCGUUUCAGUUAUCAGUCUAGUGCUGUGGGACUUGACCAGGUAGAAAUUGCAAGCAUGCCACAAGGAUAAGGCAACAUGUCAUCCUUACAGCUCAAGUCUGUGCAUGUUUACUCAGAAGUAAGUCCCAUUGAGUUCAAUGGGGCUUACUCUAAGUAAGUGGGUAUAGGAGUGCAAUAUUAGUCAAAUUCCUCAUUGCUUACUUCCUUGGGAUGGAUCCCUUGAAUUACUGUCAUUUCGCAGUGACUGGAACUCCAUGCAACAGUUCAUACCUAAGUUUAUGACUACACUACUUUUUAUGUACUCGCUUAAUAUAAGAUGAAGAAAAACCCUACUAAUUAACCAGUAUCUUGUUUUCCUCACUUUCCAUUCACGGUAGCAUUGAUUAAUCCCUGGAUCAUGUAAACAAAGCAGACACAUAAAUGAGCUAAGAAGUUGUUGUCUUAGGACAACUGAGAACGUAAGCAAAUUGUGCAUUUCCCUUCUGCUCCAUUAACCAACCCCAUUCCAUUUUCCUUCUCUGGGAAAAGCAGCAGGGGUGUGUGUACGUGGGGAGGAGGGGGAGAGAGUUCCAGAGGCAAAGUGCUAAGAAAAUUUAAUAUCUGCACCAAUUCUUGGAGGGUCUUUUAAAAAAAAAAUCUCUGUAAACCCAUUCAGUAACUAAGACAUGAUGGUUGAACAGUUUGGAUGAGCCUUGAUCCCAAGGCAUGCAGUGAGGUGGAAAGGCUGUGCAGUCAUGUCCAUGAUGUAUAUAAGGCUUCUGACAGUCAUAUCAAAGCACUUCCUAUCAGAUACACUUGUCGGAAGGAACGAGGGCUGUGUAUACACAGGUGUCUGAUAAGAUGAAAGCCAUGCUUAUUGACAGUUUAACUGGAUACUUGUCGGUUUUUUGACUCUCUUAGUGUUUAGUGUAGAGUGCAUUAUUUUACAUUAAACUUGCUUUUCUGCAUAUAAACACUUAAGGGGUUAAAUUUUGUUUCUCAGGCAAUCCCAGAUUUUCAUUUAUAGAUACGUUUCCUAAAGCAUAUUUUUUCAUAGAAUGUAGCCUGUAAAUAGCUUUUUAAAUACCUUCUUUUUAUAAGAGCAAAGUAUCUUUAGACAUUUCUUUCUAUAGAAUACUUAAUUAAUCUUUAUACAAUUUUUUUGCUGAGUAUUAUCAACUGUUAUAUUUUAGGUUCUUGACUCUAAGAGAGGAAUUUUGGGUUUUUUGUCCUUGUUUUUAUUUUGUUUUGUUUCCUUUUUUAUUAUUUUGGCAUUGCCUGAAAAACAAGUAAAACUUUGUGCAGCCUUAUACAGAAUCAAAUAAUAGUACACAAAUGAUCUAUUUAAGACAUAUUAUGAAGAAGAAUCUUCAACUUUAUAAUACCAGCUCCUUGUUUCAAUUCUUGUAUUAUGAGGGGAUACAAUUAUUUUAUUAGCACCUUGUGAAGUGUUUCUGUGUUUUGUGAUGAUGUAAUUUAUUAAUGUUUGUAGCUUUUUAUAUUUGUACAUUUCUUAUGAGCUUUGUUUAUAUACACAUUACCUGGAUGUGAUGUCCAUGAGGAAAAAAAAACAGCUACAGAAAACGACUGAGGCCUUAUUAACUAACCUUUCUACAGUUACAGUGGGGAAACGGUCUGAAUUCUCGGAGUCAAAAAUGUUAGUUGAAUAGGGCCCCAGUGUUACGCCGAGCAAGUUUUUUUAAGCUUCCCUAGUAUACUGUUCUCGUCGAGCAUUUAUAUAAUAUAACACAGACAUCAUGCUGUUUUUUAUUAUUAUUGUUAUUAUUAUGAUUACGAUUAUUUUCGCAACAUGUACAUUUCUAACAAAGUUUAUUGUGGCUAUCUAUUACAGUGUUUUAUUUACCGAUUCAUAUCAAAUGCUCUUGUAUCAAGUCCAUGGAA